UCAAGGAAGGCCAAGUUAAAAUGGCUGCCUGAAUCGAUACUACUAUUAUCGGCUAUUUCCAGUGCAAUUUACCGUUUUCGGGGGGCUAAAACCGUGCCCCAAGUGCUCAAACCGGUCUCUGUGGUGUCUCACUCCCCAAAUCAGUGUUAAUUUCACUCGUGGGGGCCCCUCCAAACCCUUCCUGUCGCCUUUUAUUUAUUAUGUAGCGCCAGCUUUGAGAAAUGUAAUUAAUUGGUAAAAAAUGGCAACAACUCAAGGAGAGAUUAGGGUGGGUCCUGGCAACCAGAGUUCCCAAUUAAUAUAAGACCCGAUCUCAGGCGCGUUUGCCCGAAUACCGACCGGGUAUUUCACCGGAAUUGCUCUCUCCCGAUCCAGAACAGACCCGUAUUAGAGAAGAAUUGAGAUGGGUGCCUGCCAUGACCCUAGAUUCGGACCUUUUGAUGUAUUUGAGGGCGGCCAGAUCAAUGGCCGCUUUCGCAGGCAUGUGUGACGGUGGUUGUCCGGAAGAUGGCGCCAAUGCGGCUUCCAGAGAUGACACUACCAUCAACGCACUAGAUGUGUUACAUGACUCGGGAUACGAUCCGGGGAAAGCCCUACAAGCAUUAGUCAAAUGUCCGGUACCAAAAGGCAUUGAUAAGAAAUGGAGCGAAGAGGAAACUAAACGAUUCGUUAAAGGUUUGAGACAAUUCGGGAAGAAUUUUUUCCGAAUUAGAAAAGAUUUAUUACCUCAUAGAGAUACGCCUGAAUUGGUUGAAUUUUAUUACUUGUGGAAGAAAACACCAGGAGCCAAUAAUAAUCGACCACACAGGAGGCGGCGUCAAGGUUCAUUGCGACGUAUCCGAAAUACACGUAACAGUAGAGGGGGUAAUAACGCCCCGUCUGCAGGACGUACCCCAGUCGAGACUCCGAGUCCCCAACCGGGUAAAGAACCCGGAGAAACAAGUUCAGUAACAGAAGACGACAAUUCGGAAGACGAUAGUGACAGUCGUGAGGCUCAAUACCGUUGUUCCCACUGUUUCACUACUAAUUCGAAAGAUUGGCAACCUGGUGGUAAAGACCGUCAACUCCUCUGUUGGGACUGCCGCGCCCAUCUUAAAAAAACCAACGAGCUUCCCCCACUCACCGCCCCUGCUGCUAUAAGUGGCACACCUCCAAUCGAGAGUCCCGACGCUAGCCCACAACGCAUGCGCACAAGAAACAAAGCAAAGGAACAAAAUACGAAUCGUGCACGACCGAAACGAGGCGGUACGGAAACACCCGAACCGAAAACUCCCGUUAAAUCGAGUAGUCCGAUGGAGAAAAACACGAAUUCGGCCACGCCUGCUAAAAAGAAAGGGAAGGAGAAGUCGGACACGCCCUCGAAAAACCGGAAACGGACACAAGAUAAAAUAGAGGAUGCGGAAGUGGAUGAGAAAGAGUUAGGAUUGUUUAAGAAGAAGAGAGAAAGAGCAGAGAGUCCGUCGAGUGUGACAACGGAUUCAGGAUCGAUUAAUGAUGAUGUUGAGGCGAAUGAAGGGGAGGGUGAUAGUGGCGAAUCGACCAAUCAGGAAACUAAAAAGAUUGAAAGUGGGGAUGAGAAAGCGGUGGGGACAGUACCGGUGAUUAUGUCGGCGAAAACGGUCACGCCCACUGAGCCACUCCCACUCAACGUUUCAAUUCGACUACCUGAUGAUAUAAAUGAACGGAAAAGUUUAAUCAAAAGCGGACCGGAAGUCAAACAGGAAGUGAAAAAAGAAGUGACUAAACCGGAAGUUAAACCGGUGGAAAAAGAAGUCAAAGAGGAGGUUAAAGAACUCCCCGAUAAGUUUAAAACCGAAUUAAUAAUCCCCAAAGUUGUCACAAUGGAGAAAGUCAUAAUCAAGGAAGAAGUCGAGUCGAGUAAUGAAGCAAUCAAUCCAAAAGACGAAAAUGUGUACAAAGAUAACGUUUUCGCCCCCCAAAAUAUGGUCAAAGAACAGAUCAAUUUCACUCUAAAAGAACCUGUUUUAAAUCAUUACCCCCAAAAUAACCUCCCGUUAAAUUUAAAUCAACAACAUGGAAAUAAAGAUCAAAUCGUCAACAUGAAUCACUCGAGUUUUAUCAAAGACAUGAAACAAGAACCUAAUUUUAAUUUCAAUCAAAGUAAGCCGCCUCAACUGUGUCACAGUAUGAGCAACAUGAUCAAAUUGGAGCCUCGUGAUGAACCAAUGGAAUUGACGAGUCAGACUAGAAACGAAUCAUUUUCAAAUAGCUCCGCCCAGAAUCAAGCUCAGCCACCCCCACUUAACAUCCCUACUGUUAUCCCCUCCACACAAUUACCGCCUACUUCGACGAGUAGUAGUCGCGAUUAUGAAGAAUCUGAGAAACAAAGAGUGGAAAAAUUAGAACGACCGGAACGGUUAGACCGUCCUGAACCAAUCACAUCGACUUCUAUUGGCCAACCUCCAAUCCCAAGUCUCAUGCAAUCAAGUAAUUUGGUUACGAUUGGUGGUAGUCAACCACCUAUGAGUCAUUACGGUUUUAUGACCUACAACCAUCCACAAAAUCACGAUAAGAAUCUUCAAAAUGAACCACAAAAUUUGAAAAUUAAACAAGAGAUUCCCGACACGCCCUCGAGUCAGAGUAACGCCCCUUCGUCGCAUUAUAGCCAACCGGUCUCAUCGGCCAGUUCGUUUAUCCCUCCCUCAUCUAGUCAUUUGCCAAGCGAUCCGUUACAAAGCUUAAAAGAUGUCAAAGUUCCCGGGUAUUUACCCCCACCGUCACAAACCACGCCCAAUAGUAGCGAAAGACCGCCCUCGGGACCCGCCCUUGAUAAUAUUAAGAAAGAACCCGAGCCAGCGAAUAGGGCAAGUCCGGCACAAGUCAUUGAGAAAUCUCCCACUCCGAAAACUACAACUACGCCCACUCCAAUCGCUCAAACUCCGCCUAGUACUAAUUCCCCACAUUCUGCAAUCAAUUUGAUUAGUCCGAGUCCAGGAGCUCCGCCUCCUAGUAGUCUCCCUCAGCCAAUCCAUGCGUCACAAAGUGGCCACUCCUAUCCCGGCUCUUUACAUCCAUCUCAUGCUCUCAUGCAUCCGUCUUUCUUGCACGCCAUGCAUCAAUUUCACACUCACCCCUAUUCAGGUUAUUCGUUCCCUUAUCCCUACCCUUAUCCUGUCCCCCAACCCCAUGCUAUACCCCCACCCUCGACUCGACCCGAACUAGCAAAAACAAUUGAUACUGUGAGUGCUACAGUACUCUCGUCACAGCACACUUCGAGUAGUACUAUGACAACAAAACGUGAAAUUCGCGAGAAUGACGGUGAAGGGGCGGAGCGUCACCAAACACACGAAAUGACCUUGACUCACCACCAAUCAACUUCCCAUCACAGUUCAGUCCACGCCAGUAGUGAGAAACAGAGUUAUGGGGGCGGAGCCAGUCACUCUAUUACUAUAAGCCACUCCACCUCGACCAGUUCCAGCCAAUCAGUGCAACACAAAGUGAACCAAAAGACAGUAAGGACAAGUUCUCCACACACCCCCACCACUCAAUCAUCAACUAGUAUCAACCAUUCAACCACACACACCCAUCACCACACCCACCACCAUGAUCGACUCUCGCCGGCCAAUCCCCUACUACGAAUGCACAAAGCCCCGCCUCCGCAAACCAAUCCACACCAUUUAAUGAUUCAACCGCCGAGUAUGGGUCACCACCCACAAAGCCUUCCUCCGCCCCCUAUGACCGGUUCACUUGAUGCAUUACGAGCGCAUGCCGCACAAGCCGCUGCUAAUAUGCAACAAGCUCCGCCCACUAAACCUCCACCCGUUGAGGAAAUCAAAGUGGAACCUGAACCAGAACCAAUCCCUGAAGAAGAAGGCCAAACUAGUCCAGUAGGACCGCCUCGUGGCCCCUCCCCCGAACCCAGAGUGGAAGAUACAGAGUGUCACAGGAGCCAAUCCGCAAUAUUUUUACGUCAUUGGAAUCGAGGUGAUUACAAUUCGUGUACUCGGACUGAUUUGACGUUUAAACCGGUUCCGGAUUCAAAACUUGCCCGGAAACGUGAAGAACGACUCCGGAAACAAGCCGAACGUGAGCGUGAAGAACGUGAGAGGGCGCAACAAGCACAAGCCCGGAAGAUUACAACUCCGGAGAAGCCUGAUAUAAAACCCCCUUCACGGGGGCCUCUAGAGACAGUAUCAUCGCCUUAUGAGAGAUUCCCAAGGCCAGGAUUCAACGAUACUCCUGCCUUGAGACAAUUAUCGGAAUAUGCGCGCCCCCAUGCUGGGUUUAGCCCCGGUCAUAUGCAAAGGUCACUCCUACCACCCGCCCAUGUGAUGGACCCCAUAAUGCAGUACCAAUUGAACAGUAUGUAUGGACCCGGAGCCCGAGAAAGACUCGAAUUGGAACAUUUAGAAAGAGAGAAACGCGAGAGAGAGAUGCGUGAAAUACGAGAAAGGGAAUUAAACGAGAGAUUAAAGGAGGAGAUUAUGAAAACGGGGAUGAGAGGCCCGCCCAAUCCGAUGGAUCCCCAUUGGAUGGAAAUACAAAGGAGAUAUGCAGCGGCGGGUCUUGCAGGACCUGGAGGUCCCGGCCUCCCCCUCCACCACCUCGCUUUCUAUCCGGGGGCGGGGAGUAGCGCACAAUUGACCCAAUUGGAGCGCGAACGACUGGAACGAUUGGGUAUCCCCGCCCCUCCGGGUCCGCCUGGCCCUCCCGGGGCUCCACCCGGCCACCCCCACCAUCCGGCACACGCCGCCCAAUUGGAAGCCGAGCGAUUGGCUCUAGCGACCGAUCCGAUGGUCCGCCUUCAAAUGGCCGGGAUUUCCCCCGAGUAUCACGCACACACUCACGCACAUACUCACGCACACACGCACCUCCAUCUGCAUCCCCAGCAACAACAGGCGCAACAGGAGGCGGCGGCGGCGGCGGCCGGAUUUCCGCUUCCCGGUAAGAGCGAGUAUUGUAAUUUCCUUUGGGAAAGUAAUAUAGCUUCAGGAGCCCCUGGGUACCCCCGUCCGGGGCUGAUUCCCGGCCGUGACGCCCCCUUGGGACUGCAUCAUCCGGAUCUGCUAGGGCGGCCGUACGCCGACCAGUUGGCCCAUCAGGCUGCCGCCCAUGAACAGUUACAAAGACAAAUGUUACUAGAAAGAGAUCGGUUUCCGCCGCAUCCUUCCAUUGUUGCCCAACACGAAGAGUAUCUGAGAAAUUUUAGGCAACAAAGAGAACGCGAGCUUAAAGUGAGAGCGUUGGAGGAGGCGGCGAGGGGGUCCAGGCAAUAAGGGGACUUAAUCAAAUAUCAUGUACAAUGUUUGCGACUUUUUAGAAAUAUUAUUAUAUAUAACGGUUUUAAUUUUUUUUAAGUAUGUUUUGCAAUCAUAGAGAAUAAUUUUGUAUACAAAGUAUUGAUGUUAGUGUUUUUUUAGCUAGUUGGACGAAUUUUAUAUACAGUUAAGAGGUUUUCUUCUGUGUAUAAUCAUUUUGACCAAGUUUGUAAAUAAGUGAGGUUACAACGUGUCUUCAGUACUUUUUCAAUUUGUGGCAGUCUUCCUAUAUUCUUUUCAGUGGUUUUUGUAAAAAUUGUACAUUAUUUUCGUGUUAUUCCACUAAAAUGUAACUCUAAAAACUAACGUAACUAAUUAUUCAACUGUUUUACUUAUUACGAUCUGAAAGAGUUUUUUCAUCUGUGGUAUUUUAUUUAUAUAAUUUAUGUCUUUAUUUAAUUUUUUGUUCUACACUUCUAAAGAAAUAAAUUUUUUACCAAAGAU